AAUCACAAGCAUACAGAAGUUUUAUUCCUAAAAGUAUAUUUAAUAUCGUUGUAACCCUUCAUAAAAUUAUGUAGUCCAAACAUUACACAGCAAUUAAAAAUAAGGGGGAAGGAAACAAAUGCGCUUAAAAAAAUCUUAGGGGCUAAACAGUAUACCUAAAAAUGUAUAUAGCACAUCAAAAAUGUACCGAAAUAAAUGUUUAAAACAACCAUUUUUACAGAUUAAAUGCAAAUGUAUUAAGCCUAAAAGUUAAAUAGAACGGAACUGUGCUUGAGUAGUAGUUCCUUUGCACCCCACUAGAGGGAGCCCAUGCACCAGACUGCGUGAAACACUGUUGCAUAAAUUUAAACGGGGGAAGCAGCCAAGUGGGCUACCAUGUCUCCCUCACAUUUGUCAGGUGGUGGGUUCGAAUCUCAUGCAUCUUCUACUGCCUUGGAAGCUCUUGUUGCUCAUGCCAAGCAUGAAUAAAAUUUGAAUACUCUUAAUAUACACUGAAUACUUUUUUACCUGUACUUUUCUUUUGAACGAUUGCUGUGAUACUGACACUACACAUUUUUUUGCCCUUUAAUUUGGUGUGUUGCUCAAUAGCACCACAAUAUUAGAUACAAGCAAGGAUUUGGAAAUCUCGGGGUCAAGCCACUGAUUGUUUGAUCACAGGCCUGCAUUCUCCCUGACCACUUAUCCAUAUACUACUCGGUCUUUGUUUCCUAAGACUUUGAAAUAAAUUACAACAUUUGGACUCACGAGCCUCAAUCCAAUGAACUGUUAGUUUAGAAACGUUUCAUAUCCUCAAGAGCACAAAUGGAAAGCGUCCAUUCACGUGUCCAUUGAACCAAUGGUGGCAGUAAUGUCUGCCACGUUUGGUCAGGCUUUCCUGCACCCGAGCCAAGCUGGGGCAGACUGGCGGAGUGAAUUUUUUGUUGUGGUACAAGUGCGAAAUGGGACCGAGCCCGACUGACUCAUCAUCCACCAAUGGAGUGAAGUAUGCAAAUGAGCGGGGCCGCAGCAACAAGCCCAAACAGGAAGUUGUGAUGAUGUCAUGGUGUGUGCACAGCCAUUCCCCCCAUGUGGAUGUGAAUCAGAGUUUUGUUUUCAGCCAAGAUAGGGGAUGUUUUACAGCAAGAGUGCGUGCCAGUGCACAGUAACACUUAACAAGAGGGGGUGGUCCCAUUCGCAAGCGAAUGACGGCAGCCAGGAAAUCAAGGGUUGGUUCUGAGGGGCAAACAAUAUCACUUGGGUUACAUCUACCUUUACCACAAGUGUGUCUGUGACAAACAUGAGUCAUUUCUCUCCAGAAUAACUUUUAAAAGUGAGAUGAGUCACGACAAACAAGAUUGCUGUCAUCUAUCUGCCUUGGCGAAAUUAUCCCCUUCCUUCUCCCUUCUUUUCACAAUGACUUAUUGCAUGGCUGAAUUCGCAGUUUUCGGUUAUUAGUUGCCUUUGCGGUAUGCUUCAGGUCAUUGUCCAUCUGCAUUGUGAAGCGCAGUCCAAUUACUUUUGAAGCAUUUGCCUGAAUGUUAGCAGUCAAUAUCGGCGGAAACACUUCAAAAUUCAUCCUGCUGCUCAUCGAGCUGGCAUCUGAAACACACGUAUGACAAGUUUAUUGAACUUGUGACCCGAGUAACAGUAAAGUCACCAGAAGCAAGCUAAUUCUUGACUCAGAUUCUCCAGGUAUAGCUAAUGGAUUUACACCCAAUCCAACUGUUACAUUAAUGCAGGGGUGCCCAACAUUUUUGACACCUGUUGAUUUGAAAACAAAGCCAUAAUUCUGUUUUAUGUAUGAUAUCUGGAUUUUCUGCCAUCUAGUGGAAGAGAAAUGUCCGUCACUAUCCAUCUUUGUCGUAAUAAAACGAGAAUAGCUACCGUUUACUGUAUUUGUAUCCAGCCGUGUAUUACAUGUGCGACAAACCAACACAAACUGAAAACACUCGCAAGGAGCUUGGAGAAGAAGGACGAUAAAACCGAGGUUGAACUUUAUUUGGAGGAGGCGUGUAAGUUUGGUGCAAACACAUCGCUCAUUGCAAAAGUAUGUAUGAGCAUUUACUCUAAUGCAUAUAUCAUACUUGCAACGCCAUUUGUUGCUUAUUUGUGCACUUUGGAGGUUAGAAUACGCGGAAAUGAGCAGUGUGGCGAGAAUAUGAAUGCGGUGUGUUUUCGUAAUUUCUACAGUUGCAAACAGGUAAGCAGGUCAUGACGUAGCUGACACCAGGCAGCCCCAACACCAACCCCCACCCACCGCCGAGCUUGCCUCCCAGCUGCGUCCGUCUGGCCGCCCCGGUGUCUGCUCCGGACUCUUCUCCCCGUUUCCUCCCCGAACCCGAAACCCUCACCACCAGACUGCCUCCCUCGCUUCCACUGCCCCGGCUCCCGCAAGAACCCCUACUUCCCACCCCACCCCGAGCCCCGUCUCCCGCCCAUCCCUCCGCCCGGUGAACGCACCAUCGCGCCCCCGGGUGAAAACAACAUGACGGGCAUCGCCGCCGCUUCCUUCUUCUCCAACUCCUGCAGGUUCGGAGGCUGCGGGCUGCAGUUCGAGUCUCUCGCCGAGCUCAUCGUCCACAUCGAGGACAAUCACAUCGACACAGACCCUCGGGUCCUGGAGAAGCAGGAGCAACAGCAGCCCACCUACUUGGCCCUCAGCUACAUCAACAGGUUCAUGACUGACGCUGCGCGGCGGGAGCAGGAGACCAUGAAGAAGAAGGUCACGCCCAAACUCUCGCUGUCCAUCACGGGCGCCGUGUCGAGGAACAGUACGGCCACGCCCCCUCGCCACACCAGCGGCAACUUGACGCCGCCGGUCACGCCCCCCAUCACCCCUUCCUCCUCCUUCCGCAGCAGCACGCCGACAGGUACGACAGGUAGCGAGUACGACGAAGAGGAGGUAGACUACGAGGAGUCGGACAGUGAUGAGUCAUGGACCACUGAAAGCGCCAUCAGCUCCGAGUCCAUCCUCAGUUCCAUGUGCAUGAAUGGCGGGGAGGAGAAGCCCUUUGCUUGCCCCGUGCCGGGCUGCAAGAAGAGAUACAAGAACGUGAACGGCAUCAAGUACCACGCCAAGAAUGGCCACCGCACGCAGAUCCGUGUGAGGAAGCCUUUCAAGUGCCGCUGCGGGAAGAGCUACAAGACAUCGCAGGGCCUGAGGCACCACACCAUCAACUUCCACCCGCCCGUCUCUACCGAGAUUCUGCGCAAGAUUCAAGGCUAGACCUUGAAGGGCUCCCUUGAAAAGGUCCUCACCUCACAGUAAAGUGCAUGCUUUAAGGUCUUUUUACAUGACUAUUUACGUUUUCUAUCCACCUUAUAUAUCACACGUAUUUCCAAAAGUAUAUCUUUUGUUUUAUUUUGAUUGUACAUUUGCACAUUUCGUAUUUGCUAUCAUCAUUUUAUUUCUCGGUUUGACUUGCAUAAGGUGCUUAAAGAAGUUGACAGGACGUGCAAGCAAGCCCCGCCCCCGCACGAUGACGAAGUUACCUAUCAGUCUCCGAUCCAAGUCAGGAAACGCCUUGACUCCUUUUGCUUUGUUUGCUGACUCUGGAUUGGUGGCCUCAUAGGAACUUCUGGGGUUCUGCCUAAGUUCUAUUUGAAAUAGGUAUGUUGCUAUAUAAACAGUAGACGCAUAUGUAGUUGUGUAUAUAUAUAAAAACUAUACGCUUAUUCACAAGCAUUAUCCAUGAAUAGUUACCUUUUAUUUGCGAACUUUAUUUUGUAUACAGUAUUUUAUUGUCAGUAUUUUGACUUGAAUGGUCCGAAGUUUCAUCGCAAAUAUUUUUCUAAUACUCCAGUUCAUGUUCAAUACUUUCACGGCUUAUUAUGGAGCCCCAGACAUGACAUGACAAAAUAAUUUAUUAUUAUGUAAAUUAUGGCAACAAUAUGCAGUGAUUUUUUUUUUUUUUUUUUAAUCCAGCAGUCUUUAUGACUUUGGCACUCUCCUGUGGAAUUUUGGUGCUAAUUAACUGAGUUGAAGUGGAUUGAGGAGCUUCAUUUAAACAAGAGAAGUGCGUUGAUGCCAUCUUCGGGCAUCUUGGUGCCAAAUGAAUGAUGUCGAAGUAUAGCGAGGCGCUUUCAUUUAGGGAAACGUCGUGCUUUUCCACCAUCUUGUCACAUCGUGGCGCCAAGGCACUUUGUAGAAGUGAGUUGAGGAACUCCAUUUCGCCAGUGUUUUGCUGCCAUCGUGCACUGUCUUGGUGCCAUGUUAAACUUUGAGGUGCUUCUUUUAGACAAAAUGCUUUGCCGGCAGCUUGUGGCAUCUUGAAGUUAUUUUAGAUGUUUCCUCCAGACAAAAGGAGUGAUUUUGAUGCCAUCUUGCGGCACCGCGCUGUCAAGUAACAAUGUUGAAGUGAGUUGAGGAGCCCCGUUUGGACAAAAGUAGUGCUUUGCAGAAAGCUUGUGGCAUUUGUGUGCCAAGGGGUUUCAUUCAGACUAUGGUAGUGCUUUGCUGCCAUCGCUAAGCGAUUGCCGACCUUCUUUGGGGAGGGCGUAAAUUAUUCAUGCUCUCUAUCCCCGUGCAUAGAAAGGAACACUAGAUAAAGAAAGCUAAUUUGUGACAAUGAAAUA